UCUUCGGAUCGGUUACAGUGUAAUUUUGGUGUGCAUCAAGAAAGAGGGCAUAAUUUAGAACAGUGAAAAAGUAGUCAGAUCAAGAAAUAAAAUAUCUCAAGUGCAAGUCAGACAAGUGAAAGGCAUCUAGGUUAUCAUCAUAAAGAGUGUGCAUCCCAAAGGGUCGGCACUUUGCACGGAAAAAGUUCCUGAAUCAAGUUGGAUACCAACAAAAUGGACAGCCCGUGUGAGUCGGAGAGCUCACUUGACGGGGGAGCGAUGCUUCCACCAAGCCCAGUAUCUCGGGAACAGCUGCAAAAACGAAUCGAAAGCCUUACCCAACAGAACAAGGUGCUGAAGGUAGAACUGGAAACGUAUAAAAUUAGAGUAAAAGUCAUCCAAGAGGAAAACCGUUCCCUACGUCAAGCGUCAGUUAUCAUCCAAGCAAAAGCCGAGCAGGAAGAGGAGUACAUUUCCAAUACACUACUGAAAAAGAUACAGGCCCUAAAGAAGGAGAAGGAAACGCUAGCGCAUCACUAUGAGCGUGAGGAGGAAUGCCUCACCAACGAUCUGUCGCGCAAGCUCGAUCAGCUGCGGCAGGAGAAGUGUAAGCUGGAGCAAACGCUCGAGCAGGAGCAGGAGUGUCUCGUUAACAAGCUGAUGCGCAAGAUCGAGAAGCUGGAGGCGGAAACGUCCGCCAAGCAAAACCACCUGGAGCAGCUUCGACGUGAAAUGGUGGAGCUGGAAAAUACGCUCGAACAGGAGCAGGAGGCGCUGGUGAACAAGUUGUGGAAGCGUAUGGACAAACUGGAGGCAGAGAAACGUUCGCUGCAAAUCAAACUCGAUCAACCCGUCUCGGAUCCGACCAGUCCAAAAGAGAUAAGCAAUCAUCGUAAUGAAAAUGGCAACGAUACUGCCUCGCAGCUAACGGCGCACAUUACAAACUUACGCUCGGAGGUGGACCAGCUGCGCAGCAACCUGGCCGCGGCCGAGAAGGAGAGCAAAGAAAAAACGCAGCAGUACGCGCACGAGGAGAAGUGCAUACGCGAAGAGAACAAACGUCUGCAGCGCAAACUACAGCUGGAGGUCGAGCGUCGCGAGGCCCUCUCGCGGCAUCUGUCCGAGUCGGAGUCGUCGCUCGAAUUUGAGGACGAGCGCUUGUUCAACGAGAACGUGUCGGCACUCGCAAGCCAACGUCCCAUCAGCCCCGGCGGGCUGGCUCGCUGCAUCACGUGUGGCCAGCUGGUGAGCCGGCGGGCCAGUGAGCGGUUCAUUAAGCCGGCAAUACCGAUCGGACUAAACACAUCCGCACCGAACGUGCUUUCCUCGCAUUCGUCCUCGGUUGGUGGUGGUGGUGGUGUCGGUGGUCUGUUCCCGCUGCUGGGUGCUGGCAGCAGCAGCAGUAGCGUAGGAGGUGCCGGUGGCGGAGGUGGAGGAGGCAGCGGCGUUGGUAUGAGUGCCACUUCGCUCAACAGUAGCAUCGGUUCGUCGAACUCGAACAACACUAGCAGUAAUAUUUCCUUCACCGGAAAUUCAUCCUUCGUCCAGCCGGCCAGCCCGAUGGACACCUCGAUGUGUAAGGACUAAGACUGCUGAACAGUCAGCGAGUCAACGUGACAACUCAUCGGAACUUGGGUAACGUACACUGAUUAAGAACGACUUUCGCUUGGGCGCUCGCAAUGGGAUUCCCAAGUUGGAACUUGAUAGAAAAGCAGCGGUUCAGUGGUUUUGUUACAACUUGCUUUUUGAGUAUUCAGAGUCAAUGGUAAAUUCAUAAUCUGAAAAUUCAAAUCCUGACUAUAGACAGUUUCCAAAGCAGAUAAAGAUUCCUUUUUGCGAAUGUUGGUUCCACUCGAUGUGAUGUGAUUCCUAAACACCUUAUGCUAAAUAUUAUGCAGAGUGUAGUGGGUAAACCUCUCGUUUCCGUUGCUAUACUUGCUAACCAACGCAAGUAUGACGUCCCGAGUAAGGCAGCAAAAAGUUACGGAACAACAUAUUAUGUUCUACAUUAUUCUGCUACGAUUAAAAACAACCAAUUGGUUGUUUGUGGUGAGCGUAUGUUUGUUUGUUUUUUGUAAAACAAAAUUCAUUUUCGUCGUGCAGGAAAAUGGACGAGCAGCGACUAGAAAAAAAAUCGGGAAAAGCAGUAGUAUCAACGAAUUUGCUAGGCAGUAAACAAAACAGUUCCCUGUUAGGCUAAGGUGCAGGUCCACAUCCUAUCCAGCCAGAUAAAACAAGCUUGUUCCGUGCUAAAUCGUCCACCCUUCAUCUCGCGUUACGUUCCACUCCGAUCCGGUUUGAUGAAUUUUACGUGAUAAUAGUGGAAUUUAAAAAAAAGGAAUACGUUCUGUUACUAGUUGUCAUAAUGCGGUAUGAAUAAUCGUGUUUGGUUUGGUGAAUGAGGGAGAUAGAGAGUGAGUGUAUGAAAAUUUAAUGGAACUUGGGUACACCUGCUGUCGAGGAUAAAAUUAAAAACCAUCGAAUUUAGUUGGCAAAAAACAACAUUCAUUUCAAGGGUUGAUUUAAAUCAACAAUGCACUAGAAGCACGAAGUACUUAUAUAGGCCAGAUGGUGGGAUGAAGUAUAAUUAAUGUUUGCCUUUUUUUAUAAAUGCAAUUCUAUCGAAAUUUGCCUUUUUAAGUCACUCUGGGUUGAACUGUCCACUAAUCGCUGUCUAUGUUAAGAGAGGUUACUCGCUUUGUUUAUGUUACAAUCGUAACCAUACAAUGGUGAUUAGAUAACAUCGGGAAGGAUGGAAAACAGUCGGGCUCUUGUCAAGAAUUUAUCACUCAUAAUAAUGAAUAAAUAAUUCGAGUUAGAUGAUAGGCAUGAGUCAAAAGUAUAAAACCCUAAUCGUUGUUCAUUUGGACUGUCAUCCUUUAAUAUGUUUAAACACACUUGCUCUACUUCCCACCUUGACUCACUGAUUCCCUGCACGGCACAGGACGGAAAGUGCUAGAUAGUCACCGUGUAUUGUAGAUUGUGGUCAAAUGUCACUAGAACGAAUGGGAGUUGGGCAAAACGAAUUAAAGGAAAUUCACUUCUAAAGUGUGCUAGGUAAAUUUGCCGUAAACCACAUUUUGCCACAGUCAGAUUGAAAAGUUAAGAAGAAGAAAAAAACACUAUAAAAUCCAGUUCAAUAUAAAACACAGGAAUUAAAAUAAAACUUACCUGCCGUUCUCCAAAAAUCACACAGCAAGAUAAGAUGUAGUGAAGGAGCCGAAAAGUGCCGCUCACGCGUGCAGAAAUAGCCACAAGUUCUAUUCAUAGCAAGUAAGAUAAAUUCUUAGUUAGUAGCGGUAACAAAAUAUCCCAAAAUCAAAUAACCACCAUUUCAAGCAGCAGAAAACCUUCACGCGGCACAGGCUUACCAUGUCCAACGUACAUACACUGAAGAUCGAUAUGGGAACGAUGCAAGGCGGCAGUAAAAUCUAUAAAAGAUACAUAAACAUUCACAUUUCACUUGAACCAUGCUAUACGGCGCAAAGCAUAUGCACACGGAUAAAAGCAAAAAUUACGACAUCUCUCCGUCACUUCCAAUCUUGUUGCAACUGUUAUGUUAGUGUUGUGUAGUAUGAAAUAAUCAAAGAAAAAAUAACACGCGACAAGACAAAUGGAACUUUAUCUCAAUGUAAAUCGAUGGCGAACAUAAAAGUAACGUGAAAAAAGAGAACACAACAUAUAGAUUCAUAUGAAGGGAAUGAUGCAUACUUGCAAAUGCGGAACGCAAAGUAAAUAGUCACCAAUGGAGGUGAUGAUGCUUACGUUCGAAUGAUAAUGAUGGUGAAUAUGAACAGACAGUGUUGGAAACAUGGGGGAACUAUUAGGAUUACUAGAAUAACUUACAACAAUAUUUACAAAUAUCUAUCACACAUGGAAUGCGACGUGUUUAUAUCUUGUCUGAACUUUGCUUUCGUUUGUCUUGUACAGCUGUCUCUUAGGAGAGAACUCCUCGUUAACUAUAUUUACAAGUAUGCCUGUUUGUACAUUUAUCGUACGUUCAGUUAUUCAUUUACAUAUUAUGUUUUUUGGGUUUUUCGCGUAUCUGUAUUUCUGCCCCCGGCGUAUGGUGGUGAAUGAUUUAAAGUACUUUGCUUUCAUUACGUAGUAGCGUUUUGGUUCCCUCAGACAAAUCUGCUUAAAAUUCAUUACGCAAUACCGGAAAUCUAAAAUAACAGAAUAUUGAUCAUAAGCCAUGAGUAACUGGCGCGCGAUGUGCGUAACUUAUAUAAAGUUUCGAUAAUACUUUCCAACAAAAGUCCUGUAUCGGAGUGUAAAUGUCCAAGUGGAUAACGUUGUGUUCGGCAUAGAGUUUAGGCCAUAAAUGUGAUUCUUGAAAAUGACUACAAUUAAUGUUAAAAUUGUUCAAUCUGAACUUGGUCGACGGGGGAUCUGUUGUUGAAAGAUGGGCUACGUACACAGGAGUCCAUCCCGGUAUAUAGUACGAAGCAGUGUGUGUGCUUCGAAAAUUUCCGAUGUCCAUUAGUAACGUGAUAACAAAAACAGGAAUUUCCUUUAGAUGCACGUUUGUCCACACCCUCUCAACGUAACAUAUUCUGUAAGGAAGAGAAGAAGGACUACAGGACUGCAUGCUGAUUAAAUUUCUUUACACGUCUUGUUUACAUGUCCCGAAAGGAUCGAGCGUAUUUGGAAGAGUUUCUACAAUUUAUUCAUAGGUAACAGCUUAAAAUGUAAUCAUUCUUAUCAUUAUUACUAUGAUUAUAUAUUAUCGCUUUUAUAUUAUUAUUACAUUUAUUGCUAUAUUUUAAAAAAAGCAAGAGGAACGAAAAAUAAAUAAUGGUCAAUA